AUGGCUACACCUCGCACCGGAGUAGCCCAAGCCAUGGGCCACGGGAACGCCCUUUCACAACUGCAACCUGCGCAGGCUCGCACGCUGCGCGACAGCUUUCAAAUCCUCGAUCGGGAUUGCGAUGGAGUUAUCAACAGAGAAGAUGUUGCUGAGAUGCUCCAGCAGCUUGGUCUCCCCUCGGGGCAUUCGGAUGUCGGGAGGUUCUUCCCACCGUCUAAACCACAAACGAUUACCUUGGCGGCAUUUUUAAACUCGCUGGCCGAAAUUCUUGCUGCCCUGUCGGAUAGCAGUGAGCUGCUCUCUGCCUUUUCAGCCUUUGAUGACGACGACAGCGGGCAAAUCGACUGGGCAGAGCUGCGCAACGCGCUUGUGAACACAGCACCAGAGCCAGGCGUCAGGCCACUCACCGCCGCCGAUGUGGACUCUGCCGUAAGCGGGUUCACCGGCCGUCGCGCCUUCAACAGAAAUAUGAACGCUCAACUGGGUGCGAAGCGAGGCGACGUGUUUCGGUAUAAUGAUUUUGUCAACUCCAUCGCAGGCGCAAGUACGUCCGCGGAGACAGCAGCUAACGGCAAUGCGGCGGCAUAG